AUGAUCUCCGAAUUUAGAAAAAUGAAAUUUUUGUAUCUUUUUCAUUCAUUUUUUGAUACGAAUUCAAGUGGUAAUAUAGACAAGGCGGAUUUUAAGCUAGCUGUCGAUAACAUAGCGAAACUAAGAGGCUGGGGUCUAAAUGAUGCUAAAUACAAAGAAACGGAAACCGCCUUGAUGAAUAUUUGGGAUGCUUUAGCGAAGACAGCGGAUUCCAACAAUGAUGGUCAAAUCUCAAUCGAAGAAUGGCUAACGAUGUGGGAAGAGUUCGCCAAAAAUCCAUCAAAACCUCUCGAAUGGCAGAGCCUGUAUUGCAGAUUUAUAUUUGAGUUAGAAGACGCUGGUGGUGAUGGAGCAAUAGACAGUGAAGAAUUUGCAGCAGUUCACGAAUCGUUUGGCCUCCUUAAAGAAGACAGCAUAGCGGCUUUCGAAUUUAUGUCCAGAGGGAAACCUACUAUAUCCUGGAAAGAGUUCCAGGAGUUGUGGAAGGAAUAUUUUACUUCGGAAAAUCCAUGUGAUCCAGGAAAUUACAUUUUCGGUUCGGCUACUUAUUAA